CCUCAUGGAGACAGGUAGGAAAGCGAACUGAUGUUCUUCAUUGUAUAAUCUUUCUGAGUUAGAUGGUUAAACUGCAUUAGAAGAUACCUGGUGAAGCGCUGGUUCAGUGAGAGGGCACACAUACAAGAUGACCUUUUUGUUGUUUAUUUUUCUCCUGCCACACGUCACCUGUACCUGGCCUGGGUUAUGGCCCGAGCACAACCAUGAAGAUGACUGUCUCGAUGUUGCGAUCAUCGGUGCAGGUAUCGGCGGCACAUACACAGGCUACCGUCUACGAAACAGAGGACUGAAACUAGCCAUAUUUGAGUACUCUGACAGGAUUGGAGGUCGCAUGUUCACAGCUCAGAUCCCAACUGUUCCUGGCACGACUGUGGACUUCGGGGCGAUGAGGUUGAAUCCCAAGGAACACACAUUUCUUGUGCGUACUGCAAGACAGCUUGGACUCAAUAUUGUUGACUUUCCUUUGAACUACGGCAACCGUAACGAGACUAUAUACUAUCUCCGUGGGCGUCAUCUUCUGCCGGAUGAACUUGGAGGACCAAAGACUCCAUACAACCUGAGGCCCAGCGAGAGACUCAGCCCGGGUGACCUUCUGUGGAAGUUAUAUACAGAAAACACCAACAUGAGCGGUUUGGCCUACCCCUCAGAGUCGGAGAUAUACACAAUAUACACAAGAGACGGGUACCCACUGUACACUAUGAGCAUGGACAACUUCCUGAGUCGCUACGCCAGCAGAGAAGCCUACAGCUAUUUACGAGAUGCCUUGGUAUGGAAUCACGCAACUGGCAGAUUUGGCGCUCAAAUUGGACUCGAUUUCCUGACCUUUAUCACGGAUUCAAACGCUCCCGACGACCUGAAAACUGUGCAGAAUGGCUUGGACCAAGUGCCGAAACGGCUGUUGAGCGCCUUUGUACGGGCCAGUCCAAGACAUUCCGUCCGCCUGAACCACCAGCUGACGUCCAUGAGAGGACGUCCUGGCAACUACAGACUGAGGUUCCAUCCAACCAGGACCGUGGCUGGUUACACCAAACCUACACUGCUACCAGACAGGUAUGUGUGUGCCAGAAAAGUGGUCUUAGCCAUACAGAAGGACUGUGUGGAAAAGGUGAACUUUGCACCUUAUCAGAGCAGUGAAUUCCGUCGACGAAUAGGCGCUGUUAUUCCCAUCCAGGCACAAAAAAGUCUUCCUUGCCUACCCUUACCCUUGGACAGACUUCAACAAUGUGAAUGAGAACAUCACCCAUGCAAGAUCAAGUCUACCAAGCAAGUUUACUUACGACUGGCGAAAGGGCACUAAUGGCUACUGGAUCCAUCUGCCUACCUAUAGUGAUGGCGAGAGUUCUGUUGCCCUCUGGCGGGAACUUCAGAGCCAAGGUAACACCAUAUAUGGAAGUUUGCCCCGGGGCGCAGAGGGUGUCCACUGAAGUAAGGAAUCGGUUGCAUUCCUAUUUGAGCCGAAUCUACAGAAUUCCAGAGUCCUACAUUCCUGAAACAGUAGGAGGGGCGAUGCAACUGUGGGACACAUACCCAUUUAGAGCUGGAUGGCACUUGUAUAAGCCAGGAUUCAGGAUGGAGGAGACUCGGGAUUAUAUGCUGAAGCCAUUCUUCAACCAUGAAGUCUUUCAUGUGGCUGGUUCUUGGUGGCCGAACAAACUACAGGGCUGGUCGGAGGCUGCAUUGCGAGCAGUUGACCUGGCUGUGAAACGUUAUCUAUGAAACUGGAUAAGUCAGUAAUUGAUGCCCUCCAAUUAUGCAUUUCAAAGGGUAACUGUCUAAACAUGAAUAAACCUUUCAGUUAUGAU